GCACACAACAAAUCUUCAAUUUCUGUUUUAACUUCUUCCAAUUCUUCCCAUUUUCCAUAACCAAACCAAACAAACUCUUAUUCAUUUUCCGUGCCUCUGUUCUCCCCCUGAAACCAUUUGCAUUCUCCGGUGACAAUUCGUUAUUCAAAAACCGGUCUCCGAUCGGUGAAUGAGGAUCGAACCGGCAUCGAGAUAAAUCAUGGCAGUGAGAGAGGACAGAGACAUGAACAACAACAUCAACCACAUCCCACGCCCCCAAUUCAUGCACUCCGAGCCGCGGCUCUCCACGACGGAGCCGCUAACUGACAUUGAUGACUUCGCAAUGCGAAGCAGCAGUGCAGCAUCACCGAUGAGCCCUUACUACUACGACCCGAGCAGGUUGAGCGGUGAAGGCUCACCGAUGAUGAUGUCACCGUGGAAUCAGACCGCCAAUUCCCCGUUCUCGAAAACACAAUGGUCGUCGUCAAACUACGACGACGUUGUGGUUCCGCAGAACGGGUUAAUUGGGUCCCUCGUUCGCGAGGAAGGACACAUUUACUCCCUCGCUGCAACCGGCGACCUUCUCUACACCGGCUCCGACAGCAAGAACAUCCGCGUGUGGAAGAAUCUGCAAGAGUAUUGCGGAUUCAAAUCCAACAGCGGGUUGGUGAAAUCGAUCAUCAUCGCCGGCCAGAAAAUCUUCACCGGCCACCAGGACGGGAAGAUCAGGGUGUGGAAGGUUUCUGUGAAGAAUCCGAGCGUGCACAAACGCGCCGGCACGUUGCCAACGCUGAAGGACAUUUUCAAGAGCUCGAUUAAGCCGAGCAACUACGUGGAGGUGCGGCGCCACCGCACUGCGCUGUGGAUCAAGCAUUCCGACGCCGUUUCGUGCCUGAGUUUGUCGCACGAUAAGACGUUCUUGUAUUCGGCGUCGUGGGACAGGACGAUCAAGAUUUGGAGGAUUUCGGAUUCGAAGUGCUUGGAGUCGAUUCCGGCUCACGACGACGCUGUGAAUGCGGUGGUUAGUGGUGCCGAAGGGGUGGUUUUCUCUGGGUCCGCGGAUGGGACGGUGAAGGUGUGGAAGAAGGAGACGCGUGGAAAGGGAAUCAAGCACGCGCCGGUGAAGACGCUGUUGAAGCAGGAAUGUGCCGUUACGGCCUUAGCGGUGGACCCCACAGGCUCUAUUGUAUACUGUGGGGCCUCAGAUGGAUUGGUUAAUUUUUGGGAACGUGAGAAGGACUACGCGCAUGGAGGGGUUUUGAAGGGUCACAAGCUCGCCGUGUUGUGUCUCUCAUCCGCGGGGACAUUGGUGUUCAGCGGGUCUGCGGACAAGACCAUAUGUGUGUGGCGGAGGGAUGGGAUGAUUCACACGUGCGUGUCAGUGCUAACAGGCCACGAGGGUCCUGUGAAGUGCCUUGCAGUGGAGGAGGACCGUGAGUCAGCUGCAAGGGGUGACCAACGGUGGGUGGUGUAUAGUGGCAGCUUGGAUAAGUCAGUGAAGGUGUGGAGUGUCUCCGAGAUGCUACCCCAACAACACUGCAUGAUGGCCUACGAUGCAGACUCAGCUCCUUCUGAGUCUGAUGGCAGCUACUCUUCAGGUCGGGCCAGCCGCAACAAGAGGAGCUGAUGGCAGCUAUUCUUCACGGGAUGAUUGUGUAUGGCAUGGUUGAAGUUCUUUUAUUUAUGUAAUAUAAUUUGUGUAAGCUAAGAAUGAUUUUGAAGUAGUUAAAUAUUUGUAAUUGUUGGGGGCGUGUGUGCAUGAGGUUCAGAACACAGGUUGGAAAUUGGACAACAAGGACGAUUGAUUGCAUUCAAGAUAUGAUAAUCUUUUUAAAA